UGACCACUGGCUUGUUCCGCCACUGGCCGCACGUUUGCCCAAGGAUCCAUCUUCUCCUCCGCUAGGCCACAACGACGAAGAACACAGUGUCCUUGUUCCAGCCCACCGCCAGAAACAUCCGCUAGAAACAUCUGCCGAACGAGUUGUCGAAAAGCUCCCUGAGAACAUCCACAAAAAUCCACAAAACCACAAGCCGGGCAAAUGCAGACGGUCCAGAUAUCGAGUGUCCAGUCAGGAUCUUCGCAUGCUGUAGAGACUGAGGGGUCGGACAUACGAAUCGAGGAGGGCAGCAUCAAUGUGGCAGGAACUGAGGAGAGGAGGGUGCCGUGGAGUUCCUCGCGUGAUCAUAGUCCUUCAGUUGAGAGCUGCAUGGCAGAAGGGUCGGGAUGUAUGGAGGCCGGGAACUAUAUGCUGAUAAACGGAGGACGUAUCACUGAUACGCGAUAGUUUGCCGACAUAGGAUCAAUUUCAUGAUGCGCUCCAUGUCAUGAUGCGCCUAUCUGGACGGCUGAAAACGUUAUACUAAUAACCGAUGUCUGAAUCGUGGAUGGCCGCUCGGCAGAUAUUGAUCAGAUGAUUGACGCAAUGAUCAAGACCCCAGGUAGCCGACUAUCGCAAUAUCGCAACAUCGUAAUAUUCGAAAAGCGCAACAUUCGAGAUAGGAUCAGCGGCCGGGUCGCCGGCGCGAGCAGGCUCGUCGCAAGUCCGGACUCCCAGGCGACAUUCCAGGGCAGCGGUUCGUACGUCGUGUUCGACUGGGGAAGGAGCCCGCUCAAGUUGGACGACUCGUGCCAGCCCGCACGGCUGCAGAACUGGGACAGAAUCCAGACGUUCCACGUGCCGCGAGCCACGGGGCUGCUGACGCAGACCGUGGGACAGCAGCGCGGCGGGUUCCGCUUCCUGACGAUUGUGAGUGCGAGCGCGGACCCGCUGACGAUCUCGAACAUCUCGCUGGCGAUCACGUUCAUGCCCCACUGGGAUGAUCUCAGGGCGUACCCGGGCUACUUCUUUGCACCUGACCCCGGGUUCCACGACAUCGACUGCCUCACGAAGAUCUGGCACUAUAGGGUGCAGACCAACACAAUCCCUCCCCACACGGCGCGACAGGAGCCGUGCCCAGCAGGAGGUGGCUGGUCCAACGAUGCCUUGGGAGGAGCUGCCACUGGGCCUAUCCUCGUCGAUGGUGCAAAACGCGACAGGAACAUCUGGCCAGGCGACUGCGGCAUCUCCACACACACGGAGCUCGUCGCGCUGAGCGACAUGGAGCCGACCAAGAACUCGUUGAUGGUGAUGUUCCGCACGCAAAACCUGACGACUGGCGCGCUGCAGUACUCCGGGCCGCCGCUGAACAACCAGGGAAGCGACACGUACAUCUCGUGGUCGCUCAUUGGGACGCACAACUACUUCCUGUACACGGGCGACCUCGAUUUCAUCAAGUCUGUCUGGGCGAACUACACCAAGGCGGUUGGCUUCCUUGAGGGCCAGGUGGACUUGACCGGCCUGAUGAACGUCUCGUCUGCGCUCUCGAACGACUGGGGCAGGGCCAGCGGCGCCGGACACAACUCUGCGGCAAACGCGUUGCUUUAUCGCGUGAGGAUUGAUUUCUGUCUCUCGCAUCAUGUAUCCGCGCUCAUCAAGCUCGUAGACGCUCGUCACCACGGCGGACCUGGCGACGCAUCUCGGCAAUGUCUCCCUCCCCGCCACAUACCUCGCCAACGCGACCAAGAUCAAAACUGCGUUCAACAGCCUGCUGUGGGACGCCGCGGCGGGCCGGUUCCGCAGCAACGACCUGCCGAGGAGCAUCCACCCGCAGGACGGCAACGCGCUCGCGGUCCUGUACAACCUCACGACAUCGGACGCACAGAACAAGGCCGUGAGCGCCGGGCUGAUGAAGUUCUGGACGCCCAUCAGGCCGUGGCUUCGAGGUGCGUGUUGCGCUGGUGGUUUGUGGUUUGCGUGUCACCUGCGCGACAGAUCCAAGCGCAUUUUGUGGCCGGCAAGGGCGAGCGGGCAAUUGAUCUGAUCGAGCGCGAGUGGGGGUACAUGCUGGAAACCAACUUGAGUGUCAAGUCGCCGCUGCUAGAGGGCUUCUCGGCCAACGGAUCGCUCGGGUGCGUGUCGUAUCAAUCAGCUGCGGCAAGCUGUUGGUCCUGA